UCCGGGUCUGAUUCAGCCCAACGUACCACCGAGAGAGUGUUGCCGAGUCCCACCACCCACAGGUCCUCUUCCCCCUCCACCGGGAUGGCCAUGGUCACAACUACAUCCUCCCUUACGCCAUCUGCAGUUGCAAAGGGGACGGAUUGUGAGCCGAGGAGCCGCUGUGCUGAGGCGUGGUGAGGCGUGAGGCGGCCAGGGUGAGGCACACCAGGGAGGGAGGCACAUAUCAGGUCACCACCUCCUGACCUGACCUCAACCACCAUCGCCCGUCAGCUGUGUCUGAGCACAGAACACACACAGCAUGGCUCCUCCAGACACCCCCAAGCGACGUGGAAGAAAGCGGUCAAAGCGAAGGGCAGCAUCAAGUGGGGCGCGGCACACAUCCCUGUCUGAGGAACCUCGGCCAGCCACGCUGCCCAGCUCCCCUGCAGGAGGGAAGAAGGGGCCUGGUGCCCUACUCAAGAAGGCAGGCAACAAGGGCCAGGCCAAUACUGUGGUGCUACAGCAGAACUGUACCAUAGACACAAUGCCACAAAAGGAAAACAAGCUGGACAACCUGUGCAAUCUGUUGGAGAAUAUUAUCCUUCAGCAUGGCAGAGAGGCACCCACACCUGGCCAGAAGCCUGCAAAGGUUGAUGGAGCCACAGCACUGCCACCACCAAGGGCUGGCACACAGAAUGCUGUGCCCUCCACCAGUGGUGGGUUGCCGGCCUCCCUGCACUCUGCACUGGAGGCUGGGAAAGAUCUGAGUAAAGAGGAACUGGAGAGGGAAAGGAAAGCUCGCAAAGAAGCAAAGAAAGCAAGGAAGAAAGGACCUGGGAAGGAGAAUGUUGAGGAGAGGAAGGAAACUCAGAAUAGUGGGCAAGGCAGUGCACCAACAACAACAGUGAAAGGAUCACCAGUAAAAGGGGCACCAACAACACCAGUGAAAGGGGCACCAACAACACCAGUGAAAGGAGCACCAACAAGACCAGUGAAAGGAGCACCAACAACACCAGUGAAAGGAGCACCAACAACACCAGUGAAAGGAGCACCAACAACACCAGUGAAAGGAGCACCAACAACACCAGUGAAAGGAGCACCAACAACACCAGUGAAAGGGGCAGCAGCACCAGCAAUACCAGUGAAAGGAGCAGCGGCAGCAGCAACACCAGUGAAAGGAGCAGUAGCAAAACCAGUGAAAGUAGCAGCAGCAAAAUCAGCAACAGCAGGAGCAGCAGUCCCCAGCAGUAUCCUUGUAGUGGACUUGAGGUAUGGCAAGGAGUCCUCUGAGCAAGCCGGAGUAGAAGUAGCCAAACCAGCAGGCCAGGACAGUACGGCGGGGAAAUCAAAAGCAGACCUGCGCAGGGAAAGGCGGGAGAAGCAGGAGGCACAGAGACAGGCCAAGCUAGCCCUUAAGGAACAGCAGGAGGAGCAGAAGAAGCAGAAGGACAAGCAGGUUGUGAUGGAGAAAGCAAAGGCUUCCAGUAAAGCCAAGGCAACAGGGGAGGGCACCAGGAAGGCCAGGGUGAGGAGGGCCAGCAGCAGGGGGAGCAGUGAGAGGAAGGUUCCCCUGUUGGGCCAUCUUCCCCAGUACUCCCCCAACCCACCACCACACCAGGUCAACAGUGACUCCAUCCACCCAGCUGUGCUCACUGUCGGACUGAAAAUGAAGUACGGGGUGGUGGAGGGAGCCACAGCACGUGUCAUCUCUAUGCUAGCAGCCUUGAAGCUGUUCAUCAGUGACUACCGCACCCCUGAGUCCUGUGACCUCUCCAGGGACAUGGCAGACAAGCUCAAGCCCAAUGUUGACUUCUUGCAUGCCUGUCGUCCACAUGCCAUUGCCAUGGACAAUGCUAUUAGGUCGGUGAAGCACAAAAUUAACAGUAUUGACCCACUGACUCCUGAGGCUCAAGCCAAGGAUGAACUGCGUGGUGCAAUUGACGAGUUUGUAGGGGAGAACAUCAUCCUCGCCAGCAGCACAAUUGCCACACAUGCCACCACCCUCAUUCACGAUGAUGUCCUCCUCACCUUUGGAUACUCUGCCCUGGUGUGUGAUGUGGUGGAGGCGGUGGUGAAGGAAGGUGGCAAGGUGAGUGUGGUGGUGGCAGACUACCCACACCCACCCUCAGGUGCUGCCAUGGUGCAACGUCUUGACCGUCUUGGGGUUCCCACCUACUACAGGCUUGUCACAGACCUCUCACACAUUAUGUCUAAGGUGACGAAGGUGGUGGUGGAGGCGGAGGCGGUCAUGAUGAACGGUGCAGUGCAAGCCAUGUGUGGCACGGCUUGUUUGGCGCUUGCUGCUGCCACGCAUCACAAACCCUUCAUAGUUCUCUGCCAGACCUACAAGUUUUGCAACAUUGACUUGACUGACUCUCUAGUGAUGAAUGAGUUGGGUGAUGCAAACAGCAUGGUGAGCUGCCCAUCCCAGGAGCACCAGGGGGUGUUGGCAGACUGGCGGGACACACAGAACCUCAAUGUGGUGCGUCUGGUGUAUGACGUGACACCGGCUGGCCUGGUGACUGUCCUGGUGACGGAACAGAAUGUCCUCCCCACUUCAGCUGUCCCCGUCAUCAUUCACCGCAAGUAUGCUGACAUCCUGGGCCAAGAUUAAGCCAAGCCUCUCCAGGAUGAGGAAGUGAAGGAUUAUAGGCCCUAUGGGGAUGUUUCUGAGACUCAAGUGAGUGUAGCUAUGUGCUCCCUGUUAGUGUGUGUGUGUGUGUGUGUGUGUGUGUGUGUGUGUGUGUGUGUGUGUGUGUGUGUGUGUGUGUGCUCUUGGGCACAUAAUUCACCAGACUAGAGGAUCACGUGCUGGACUCGUGAUCACCAGCUGUAUCCUUCCAGUAAUAAUCUGACCUUUUAAAGUCACACGCUGCCAUAAGGACAGCAACUGCUCAGUCAUUACUGAAUAUGACUUGAGAUGGUGCAAACCUAAUCUCCAUCAGCCAUGUGGCAGGCUAUCAGAGUGUGUGUGUGUGUGUGUGUGUGUGUGUACUCAUAUGGUUCCUGUGCUAAAGCUGUCACUAGCUUUAAAGUGUCACUAAGAUUGUUGUAAAUAUAUGUCCAGACUUCUGUAUAAAGUGUUGGCUUAGUUUCAGUUUGAUGUUUUCUCAGUAAUACUUGCCUGUAGCACAGGAAGCACAGGUGUUGUGGGAGCUUGUGGUUUUGGGUGUUGCUAAAAUCUUGGAGUAAGGUGUAGUCUCUGACUGAAGUAGAAAAUUUGUCAUUAAUCCAUCAGUUAGGUUGGCUGAUGUCACACAGGCAACCCAGCUGAACAUUCCCAUCUCACCGGUCACUGCCUCCAAGACAACCAAGUUAACUGGAUUCACAUUUGUUAUGCUAACUUUUCUUAGAAAUGAAAUUUUUUACUUAAACCUCUGUUAAGCCACAAAUCACUGUUUUUCCUUGAUGUUGACAUGUAUGUUUCAAGUUUUAUAAGUGAUUGUAAACCUCACUGAAAAUUUGAAUUACAUGUUGACUAGAUUGAAAAUUUGAAUUACAUGUUGACCGAGUCUCUUUCAAGUGAGUUCCUUUCAAUAAAACACAAUUUUCCAGUUGAAAUACAAUUUUGAAAUCCUUUCACAAUUAAGGCUUCAGUGAUUCUUGUGACUCAGUGUAGUGUGUUUGGGUCACUGGAACUACUUAGGCUCCUUUCCUUCCCCACUUGAUUAGAAUGGUAGAGAAAGAAGCCUCUGUUAUGAAUAGCACAGUAGAGUAGAGGAACAGGUGAAGCACAAAAGUACUUAAUUGUUCAUUAUUAAUUUAGCAUGUGACUAAGUUCAGUUGUAAUGACAUUCUUGUUCUUACGUAAAUCUGAUGCCACUAAGUCAGUAACUAGGAUUGCUUGGUUUGUUUUCUUGAGUGUCGAAUUUGUUCCAGUAUAUUUUAUCACACAAUGUCUCCACAAACUUAUUGAUUCUGAAGUAAGACAAAUCACAGUACUGCUGUGUGUGACAUUACUGACAGUGAUGAGCCAGACUCAGAUUAUAUAUUCUCUCUCCUUUAAGGGUGGUUGCCCAGACUACUACUAGCAUGUCUUGUCUCAUUGUUGGGAAAGGUUGUAUAUCAGUUUUCUUCUUAACCAGUCACGUUGUGGACUUUGCUAUAUUCCCUUCACUAUUGCAAAAAUAUUAAAGCUAUUUUACUUUUUGUUGAAUUGUGACAUCUGCUUGUUUGAAAUACAUAGAAUCUAUGCCUAAGAAAAUAAUUAAAAUUUAAAAUUGCAAGAACAAUAAAUUUUAUUAAGAAUAUUU